UUGGCCGCUAACUACUUUCCAAAUCUGUUUUUUUUUUUCCUUUUCUCCAUUCUCUCGAUUUCAUAAACUCAAAACCCUAAUUUUCUCUCGACACUGAAAUCCUCAGAGCUCCUUUCCUCUUUCUUCACCGGAGAGGGAUUUGUCGGUGUCUAAUCUAGGGUUCCUUUAAUUAAUUAGGUAUAGCGAGAGAGAGAUGGAAUCAGAUCAGGGUAAGCUGUUUAUCGGCGGGAUUUCAUGGGACACCGACGAGAAUCUCCUGAGAGAGUACUUCUCCAAUUACGGCGAGGUUUUGCAAGUGACGGUCAUGCGUGAGAAAGCCACGGGCCGUCCUCGAGGAUUCGGAUUCGUCGCGUUCUCCGAUCCCGCCGUCAUUGAUAGGGUUCUUCAGGAGAAGCAUCACAUCGAUAAUAGAGAUGUUGAUGUGAAGAGAGCAAUGUCUAGAGAAGAGCAGAGUCCUGGCGCGAGACCAGGGGGUUUUAAUGCUUCUAGGAGUUUUGAUAGCGGUGUUAAGACCAAGAAGAUAUUCGUGGGAGGUUUGCCUCCCGCUUUAACGUCAGACGAGUUUCGGGCCUACUUCGAGACUUACGGCCCUGUGAGCGAUGCUGUCAUUAUGAUCGACCAGGCAACGCAGCGACCUAGAGGGUUUGGGUUUGUUUCGUUUGAUUCUGAAGAUUCUGUUGACCUUGUUUUGCACAAGACUUUCCACGAUAUGAGUGGUAAACAAGUAGAAGUCAAAAGAGCUCUUCCUAAAGAUGCUAACCCUGGAGUAGCCGGGGGUGGUGGUGGUCGCGGUGGUGGUGGCUCUGGAGGUUUCCCGGGUUAUGGUGGAAGUGGAUAUGAGGGUCGUGUUGAUUCGAGUAGUAGAUACAUGCCGCCUCAGAACACUGGAAGUGGUUAUCCUCCUUAUGGUGCUUCUGGGUAUGGUACUGGUUAUGGUUAUGGCAGCAACGGUGUAGGUUACGGAGGUUUUGGAGGGUAUGGGAAUCCAGCUGGGGCGCCGUAUGGGAAUCCUGGUGUCCCUGGAGCUGGGUUUGGAAGUGGUCCAAGAAGUUCAUGGGGAGGACAAGCACCAUCGGGUUACGGUAACGUGGGAUAUGGAAACGCUGCUGCUCCGUGGGGUGGUUCUGGUCCCGGUUCAGCGGUGAUGGGGCAAGGAGGUGGUGCGUCUGCAGGUUACGGGAGUAGUCAAGGUUAUGGCUAUGGUGGAAAUGAUGCUUCUUAUGGGGCUCCAUCUGGUUACGGUGCAGUUGGUGGGCGGCCUGGAAGUAUGCCUAACAGCCAUGGAGGUGGCUAUGCCGAUGCUUCAGAUGUCUCUGGGGGAUAUGGGAAUCAGAAUCACCUAGGGAACGGGCAAGCUGGUUAUGGUGGAGGUUAUGGAAACGGUAGGCAAGCUCAACAACAGUGAUUGGAGGAAUAAAGAUUGCUACAAUGGUGGUUUUGUCCCUGACCUCUGAAAAAAACCUCCUCUCUCCGCCUUAACGAAGCCGCUUCUGGGGCGGUUUGGCCAGGAGGUCUGCGCUGGAUUAUCUAUUUUGUUAGUUUCUUAAUAAGUUAUGUGUUCAGGCACAUGAAGUUGUAGUUUGCGUGCUUGUUCUAUAUUUGUCGCUUUGGUAUGGUUUUGUUCCUCUAUCCUAGUGUUUGUGUUUAACAGUAACUCCUCGAGGUUAUCAUUAUUCAUAUUUCUUCCUUGCA